AUGCCAAUUCGUGUCUUCGUCACCGGAGGCACAGGCUUUGUCGGCAGAUUGAUCGUUGAAGCAUUACGGGAGAAGCAUCCAAAAUGGCAAAUUACCAUCUUCGAUCUCAAUCAGCCCGAUGUUCCUCGCGCCAACAUAACCUACAUUAAAGGCUCAGUCACAUCUUCUUCCGAUGUCUCUAAAACCCUCAAGCACAUCCGUCCCCACGCCAUAAUCCACACCGCAGGCAUAGUACCACCAUUAGCCCACCGCUUCUCCCGAGAAAUGGAAUCUACUGUUCUCGCCAUCAAUGUCGAAGGCACUCGCACAAUGCUCUCCGCCGCCCAGACGUACAAUGUCUCCGCAUUUGUCUGGACAGGAUCUUGCACAGCCGUCACUGAUAACUUCAAGUACUCCUACCGCAACAUCAAUGAGACGUACCCCACAAGCACCAAUUCUUUGAUCUAUGGCGAGUCGAAAGCUAUCGCUGAGAAACUCGUCUUGGAUGCGAAUAAGCCCGGUUUCGCCACAUGUGCGUUACGACCCUCGGUGCUCUUUGGACCCGGGGAUCAUCAGCUCGUUCCCAGCAUCCAUGCCUGUAUAGCUAAUUAUGAGACCCCAUAUGUAUUGGGGGAUGCGGAGAAUCUGUGGGAUGUGUCAUAUGCGCCCAACAUCGCAGACGCGCACAUCUUGGCUGUGGAGAACCUGCUGUCUAAGGAGAAGACGGCAGCGGGGGAGGCAAUAUUCAUCCAGAACGAAGAAAAAAUUACCUUUCGAGAUUUUUGUUUGGAGGUGUGGAAGAAUUUCGAGCAUUUCCCGCCUUUUGAGUUGAAGAUACCGCUGGGCCUAGCGCAAGUUGUCGGGUUGGUGGCGGAGGCGGUGACGUGGGUGACGGGGAGAACGACGACGAUUAGUAGGGGGAGUGUGAUGGAUGCGUGUGCGGUGAGGUAUGCGAGCGGGAAGACAGCGACGAGGCUGCUAGGGUACCAGUCGAAAGUGGGUAUCGAGGAAGGAAUCAAAAGGAGUUGCGAUGAAUAUAGGAACAGGCUCAAGACGCAUGAGUCGGAGGGGUCUCGCCGUUCAUAA